CUCGGUUGUCUACUUAUGUGUCAAUUGACCCUCACGCCGGUUUUCUUUCACUUGGCUACGAACCAUCGUCCAUCGAGGAUGUACCGAAACUCGUUCUUCAUCGCGACCGUUCUGGUCCUGGCCUUUUCCGCGACUCAUGCGGAAGUUGUGGUAUGGCAUCAGUGUCCUCAGACCAAUUCUGAAAAUGGCGCGCCGGCUGUUUCAAGUUGCUCCAUACAUGAGGUGCGCGUGGAACCGUGCAGAGAGGCCCUGGAUGGAAAGCCCUGCGGCUUAAAGAGAGGUCGCACUGCAAGCAUAAGUUUCGACUACACCGUCAACUUCAGCGGUGAUACGUUGUCGAGUAGAGUAUAUUGGGCUUCCGAAAUCAUGGAUUUGCCGUUCCUGGGCAUGCCGCUCGACGCCUGUACGUCCACCGUUUGUCCAGCCACGCCUGGUCAAAGACAAACAUACUCAGUAGAAUUGCCAAUGUCGAAGAAGUUCCCUGCGCGAACAUACGAUCUCAAGUGGAAGUUGUGGAACGCCCAGGAGCAAGAGUGCUGUUUCAUGUUUGCUAUUAAAUUACUGAAGUGAAAUUGUUGUUCUUAAAUCCAGUUCGUCAUUCUUCGCGAUGAUUAUAAUUUGCCGAUCGAUAAUUUAACGAAAUAAACGAUGUAUUCAUAUUAAUAA